GUGUCUGUUGGGCUUGCUGGGAGACAAAGCUCUGAGUUCUGACAGGUAUACUGUCCAAAAUGGAAAAGACUUGAUGGCAUUAACUUCUAAAACAUUUUUUGGAAUGAAUUUUGGCAAUGUCAUAUGUUAGAUACCCAAGAUUGACAGUGAAAUGGUCAUCAAAUCGUCUUCAUCUGACAGCCAGUGCAAUGCCAGUGAAAAGGUUGUGCAGAUGAGGGAUUUGAAACAAAGACUGUAGACUCUGGAGAAGAUGUGACCCUGCUCUGUAACAACUCACGGCUGAACUUUGGAUUCUUUUUCUGGAUGAAAAGUGUUCCCGGACAAAUGCCUGAAAUCGUAGGAAAAAGAUUCGGCAAAAGUGACGAAUUCAACAAGAUUCAUCACUUUACAACCAAAGAAGAAGACGGAAGAUUCUUUCUACAAAUUUCAGAAGCAAAGCCGAGUGACUCAGCCUUCUAUUACUGUUUUACAUUUAAAAACUACAAAAUAACCUUUAUGAAGGCAGUGCUUCUUAGAAUUAAAGGACCGCGGUCUGAUUUUCCUGCAGUGGUUCAAAGUUCUGUUGAUCUGGAUUCUGCAGGAGACGUUGUGGCUCUGCAGUGUUCAGUUCUCUCUGAGUUUAAAAAUGAUGCAUGUCCAGAGGAACAGAGAGUGUUCUGGUUCAGAAAGACUGAAGGGGAAUCUCAUCCCACUUAUAUUUACGCCAGAAGAAGCAGUGAUGGUGACUGUGACGGGGGUACAGAGACUCAGCCUCUGCAGAGUUGUGUCUACAGCUUCUUGAAGAACGUCAGCUCCUCUGAUGGCGGACUUUACUACUGUGCUGUGGCUGCAUGUGGAAAAGUGGUUUUUGGAAAUGGAACAAAACUGGAUGUUCAAGUUGAUGGCACAUAUGACUCCAUUAACAACAAUAUAUAUUUCUCUCUGUUUGUUGGAACCUUGGUUUUGAGUCUCAUAAUGGUAACAUUUUUGAUUUGGGUCGUAUCAAAAAAAUCCUGUGAUGUCUGCAAAGUGUAUUUGGCCUGUAAAGCAACAUCUGACACAGUCAAUGAUGAACAGCAAAGCCAGAAGAUAAAUCAAAACAAUGUGGUUUAUGCUGCAACAGUCUUUGCCAAGAAGAAAGCUGAUAAGACCAGGGGAAAGAAAAGGAGCAAUAAAGGAAGAGACCAUCUACAGUGAUGUCAGAUUAUAUGAGGAAAAUUAAGUCUGCAUUAUACUGAAAACAGGAAAACACAUGUCUAUGAUGAUUGUAUGAUCUUUUAACAGAACUGAAACCUAAUGUUAAACCUAUUAUCACUUCCUUGCAAAAUUCCCUGUAGUAAAACGUUUUCUAUAUGAGUAUCAUGUUCAACAGAUACGAUCAUGUUUAACAGAAACGUUCAUCUAUUGAAUUUCUUUUUGCUCCGGUUGCUUGCAGGUUAUGUCAUUCAAAAAGCGUUUUUUUAAAUGUGUAUUGUCAAUAUUAAAAAGCUGAAACCUCAAAAAAAAAAAAUCUUAUUCUUUCACCAAAAAAGCAAACCUUUUUGGCAAGUAAAGUU